UCUAUUUUCUCUUUGUUCCCAGAAGUUGAGGUGGCCAUCAUUAUGAUGGUAAUUCAAUAUGAUCUUCAUGCUUCUGAUAUCUACAAGCUGAACCUAAAGCACAGAGAUAAAACUGAAAGAAAGACUCCAGAACUCAAUAGUACCAAGCUCAAGCUCUCCAAUGUCAAUGCAGCAUUAAAAGAGUACAAGACUCUGAACUCCAUCAUUGAUCCCCUCUCAAUGUAUUUCUCUAUUCUAAUAAUACAUGCUCAGCCAUCUGGAAAAUCAGCACUGCUUGGUAUUCAGCUCUUUCAUUAUACAGCUCAUCUUUUGAGGAUUACAUCUGAAUACAAAUGGCAUGCAGUAGUCUUAUACCACAUGGCUUUCUUCACCAAGUAUCAGGAGGAGAUGAUGGAUAGAGACUAUGCUAGGUGGAGUAAGAUUGACUUGGAGUUACAAGGCAAGCAUCUCUUUCUCUACUAUAAGGCAAAGGUAACCACUUCU